GGAAAGAAGAACCUGAGCCCUGUGAAGGUACAAAGUAAGCCGGUUGUCAAGCAGGCACAUGCACGUGUUCUGGUUCAAAGCUCUUUCUGUUGGACUGCCACCACUUGCCUUCUUCGUCAUCGUCCUCAACGUCGACGACGUUCCCUCCAACGAUGGCGCCGUCGUCAAGCCUCAAAAUUCCUACGAUGGACACCGCUGCAGGCCCUUCACGCCAGCAGUAUCCCGCCGGUAGCUCCCGUCCUGUAUCGGUUACCGUCCAAUCUUCAGCAUCGUCAGCGGCAGGAUCGUCAGCGGUCAGAAAACAGCGAGCGUCACACUCUGUCGUCUCUCCUUCUGCCCAGAGCCACCAGUCGUCAUCGAGCAGCCACCACCUCAACGGCGGUCAUGCCCAGGACGACGGUCAACCUCCUUACACGGAUGUUUAUUCUCAUCCGGCAGCAAUGGCAUAUGCUUCGUCACAUCCACGGCGAACGAUUCCAAGGUUUGGCCCGUAUCUGCUCCUGCAGACUCUUGGCGAGGGCGAAUUCGGUAAAGUCAAACUCGGCCUUCACAGUCAAUGGGGAGAGGAAGUAGCUGUUAAGCUCAUUCGACGCGGCAAUGUUGACACCAGUGUUCGCAUGUCUAAGGUAGAACGUGAAAUAGAAGUCCUAAGGACCCUCAAGCACCCCAACAUCGUGCGCCUGUACGAUGUUAUCGAAACAGACAAAUACAUCGGUAUCAUUAUUGAAUAUGCUUCCGGAGGUGAACUCUUCGACCACAUCCUUGCUCACCGCUACCUACGUGAAAGAGACGCUGCCAAACUCUUUUCCCAGCUCAUAUCUGGUGUCUGGUACAUUCAUCAGAAAAAAAUCGUUCAUAGAGAUCUCAAACUCGAGAAUCUUUUACUCGACAGGCAUCGCAAUGUGAUCAUCACCGACUUUGGUUUUGCAAACCGUUUUGAACACCGUUCAGAUGAUCUCAUGCAGACGUCCUGCGGAUCCCCGUGCUAUGCCGCUCCUGAGCUGGUCAUUAGCGAAGGGCUUUAUGUUGGUAGCGCCGUAGACAUUUGGAGCUGCGGCGUUAUUCUCUAUGCAAUGCUUGCCGGUUAUCUCCCUUUCGACGACGACCCUGCGAAUCCAGAUGGCGACAAUAUCAACCUUUUGUACAAAUAUAUCGUUAACACUCCUUUAUCUUUCCCCGACUAUGUCUCUCAGGAAGCUCGCGGCCUCCUUUCCCUCAUGCUAGUGCCGGACCCUGCUUACCGCGCUAGUCUUGAUCAAGUUAUGGCUCACCCAUGGCUGGCUGCAUACAAUAGCCCACCAACCGAUCCGAGCUUGUUUGUUCCUCGUGCGUUUGGCCGAACUGUGGAAGAAUUGGAACGCGCCGCGAUGGAACAACACCACCAAAAACGUCUUGCUUACCAGCGACAGAUGAAGGCCGCUGCGGUCGCGUCCGGAUCCGGCUCCCCUGAUAGGAUAGGCAGAAGUCAUAGCCAUCGUCCCACAGGCUAUGAAACCGGAGGCACCUCCGCGUCAGCGAAGCAACCCUCCCGGAGUCAUUCGAUACAGCCUGGCCUUGUCUAUGAGACGUCCGUGGAUCAGGGUGCUGGUAACUCGGGCCCCUCGUCACCACCGAUAUCGGCGCCCGUCUUAGGAAACGGUGGACAUUACGAGGAUAUGGACAGUGAAGAUCCGUUUGCUGCUCCCAGCGGAGUGGCUUCACCUGAAGUUACCAAUGGCAAGCCUGGUGGAAGGAAAAGCGCUGCGAGGCCUCACACUGUUCAAGUUGAGUAUGACGGCCCUCGAGAUCGGCCUGCGAGGAAGGAGAGGGGCAGGGAAUCUCAAGAAGAGAGUACUCGAGAACGUGACAGGGAGAGGAAGCAGCGAGAGCGUUCGACAUCCCGUGGCCAGACGCAGCUACAGCCCUCUUCGUCUAGUGGUCAGAGUUCAGAAAGACGGCGACCGCCUCAGAGCAGUGGAGUGAAACCUUUGCCUCCAUCACCUCCUGGCCCCACGGCUGUUGCUCCUCGUCGUGAACGUGCAGGUAGCAGGACUGCGCCAGUACAUACUCAUGCGGAGCCAGAACCUCCUAAUAUCACCCUAGCCAGUCCUCCUGAUACACCUCUUGCCUUUGCUUCCCCAGAAGGCGACGCUGACGAUCGGGACGAGGAAUCUUCUUCCAGAGGAAGCGGCAAGCACAAGCGCGGUAUGUCGACCGUCGGCGGCUUAUCGAAGAUAUUCAGCAACGAUCACAAUGCUAAUGGAGCGUCUGUUUCCAACGUUUCCAAUACCUCCGGCUCGCUGCUUACCUCUGCUCCCAGCGACAAGGAAAAGGACAAUGUAUCGCACGUUACGGCGGAUAAGAAGAGUCGGAGGAGCUCUCUCACGGUAAUCAUCAGCCGAACGAUAAAGAGCCGCAAAGGCAAAAUGGCGGCGACGCCAAUCUCGGCUGUGGAUGAUGCCCGAAACGAGAAGAAUGUUGUUUUGACUUCUCAAGUCCCCCCUGCCAAUGCUCCCAUGUCUACUAAGGAGUUCAGCGAGGUGACGUCUAGGGCAACUAACGAUGUGUACGACACACCUGGUCCUGGUAGAGACUCGGGUAUGCAGGCCUCGACAAGCAAGGCCAGGAAGGUCAUGCACUGGUUCAGGAGCAGGAGCAAAGGUCGUGACCCAGUGGGUUUGGAGGAAGAGGAAGAGGAAAAGCCAGCAGCAACCGAUCAUGUUCCCAAGAACGAGUCAAGGAAAAGGUCGUCGAAUGCAGUCAACCAGACGUUAUCGUCACCGCGCGCGGCGUCGGUUCAAGUGACGCUUACUGCGCCUUCGAGGACUCCUUCUGGUCAUCAGGCGCCGAUGCAUCCCCAGCGAACGCCCUCUUCAGCGACAGACGCAUCGUUGAUGACGCCGAGCUUUGUGACUCGUAUCAGAAAUUCUGUGACUGUGGGCGGCGGUAGUGGAGGUGGCGGUUCCCAUUCGAAGAAUGUUGCAGGCGUCCUUCGUAUUCAUCAUGGCGCAGUCGAUCAGGAUAUGGUGACGACUCGCUCACCGCCGGAGGUGAUAAAGCAUAUGAAGGAGGUGUUGAUAGGGAUGGGGAUAGAAGUUCAGGUUGAGAGCGAGUAUAAGUAUCGCUGCAUCAGGGCGAAACGAAGAAAGGUUCCAGGGGCGUCAAAUGUGAUAGCUAACGUUGGUGCCGGUCCUAGCAGUGGUGGGUUGGCCGCUGUCACGAUGAUGGGUAGCGCUGCGUCGAAUGGAGUUGAUAAGCGCGGUCUACCUGUACCAUCGCAUGCGUCGUUCUCCGGAGGAAUGUUGCGAGGCCUGUUGAUGCGUCGGCAAUCGUCACAUGUUUCUCAGCCCGGCAAUAUGGCGGUAUCCUUUGAAGAAGAGCCAAGCGUGAUGGUUCUAGAGACUGGUGCCGUGUUGGACCCGGUAUAUGGUGAUUCUACUGAAGAUGUUGGAGAUGAAGUCCGGUUCUCCGUGGAGCUCACUAGGAUGGAUCGCCUCAAUGACACGUACAGUCUCGAUAUUCGGCGUCUGAAGGGCAACUUGCGAAGCUACAAGUUUCUGUAUGACACUGUUAGACAGCGCGCGGAUUUGCAGCGGUAG